UUUUUAUUGAUUUUGUGAUUAUAAGCGUAUGGAAGAGAUGUGGACAAGAAAUAAACUACUCCUUGGAUGUGGAGAUAUGAAGAUGAAAACCUAAUUUAUUUACAAUAAAGCCUAUUGAGUAUGGCUUUUAAAAAACGCACAAUUUAAAUGUCUAGUCAUUAUUAUUUACAAUGCCCAAGUGCAGCUUUAAAGAUUGCAGAAAUGUAACAUCGAAAACAUUAAAGAAAGAUGGGAUAUCUUACUUUCGCUUUCCCCGUGACCCUAUACAGUGCGGAAAAUGGUUGACGGUGGUAUGCAGUCAAAGAGGAGAACCAACAUACAAAAUAAACAAAUCCAGUGUAGUAUGCUCCGAACAUUUUGCUGAUAAGGAUAUGUAUGAAACACACACGGGGAUAAAACGACUUCACAAGUCUGCUUGCCCAAAAAAAUGUGUGAAUGAUGAUGAAAAGCCAAAGAAGAGCUUUGUAGAAAGGGUUGCCGUUAAAAGUUCCAGUGAAUCGGAAUCGUUGGAGAAUGAAGCUAUACCUCGUUGUCCAAAGCUUUUGAUUGUAGAUGAUUAUACUCAGAUAGACAACGUUGAUGUCGCAUCCACAGCGUCAUCAGAAUCGGCUAGUGACAGUGCUCACUUGCGCCUCCUCAAGCGUGAACGCACGAAAUUAAAAAAAAAAUUGACGUCAAAAGACAAAGAAAUUGAAAGUAUCUUAAAAAAGAACCAUAAAAUUAUCAAAAAAACUGAAUCUCUGAGGACAGCACUGAAGUUGUUGAGAAGACGGUUGUAUUUUAUAAUAAGAAAUAAAGUUAAAGCAGCUGCAGCUGGUGCUCAAAAUGCAAGCAAGUGAUCAGAAUGUUUUUUUUAUAGUACUUUGUUAUUUUUAUGUAUAUUCCAUGACUUUUAAGUGAAAUAAAACUGGGAUUUAUAAACGC